AUGUCGUCUCGUGACAACUGUAUGAAGUGUCAGACCGACAGUCACAGUUACCUGUACUGCCCUGAAGUGACAUGUACCGAGUGUCACACUCAAGGUCACCGCCACUAUGUCUGUCAGAAGAUAAGCAGUCAAGAUAAGCAGAGGACUCCCCAGGGCCCAUGCUACAACUGCCGAGCAGUGGACCAUUUCGCUGCAGAUUGCCCAGAACCCAGUCGAAAGAAGACUCCCCAGGGUUCUUGUUACAACUGCCGAGCAGUGGACCAUUUCGCUGCAGAUUGUCCAGAACCCAGUCGAAAGAAGACUCCCCAGGGCCCAUGUUACAACUGCCAAGUCGUGGGCCAUUUCGCUGCAGAUUGUCCAGAACCCAGUCGAUCCAGUCGAUCCUGUCGAUCCAGUCGAUCCAUGCUGUCCAUGUCGACACAAGUGCUACAUCUCAUAGAAGACAUGCAUAUGGACGUGCCUUAA